AUGUUAUUUCCACCACGAAUUCCGGUGAUGCAUACAUUGGCACUGCUAAUCUUUCUAAAAGUGGUACACUGCAUGCUGACCACAUCAAGAUCAGAACCUAACUAUCCUAUUGGCGAAGUUAUCCAGACUACUGGAACCACCUUGCCAAAUGAUUUCACUGAUAUUAAGAGCGCAACCACGAUCAAACAGGAAACAAGUAGUUCUACUGUUACUCUUGAUGGCAGCGAGAAACAUCAUAUAUUACGAUUCCUAGCUGUCGAACGUUCAUCAUCCAUAGCAUUGUGA